AUGGAGCUAGAACGAAGCUCAAGUGAAGUGGGGAAGAAACUCUGGAAAAUACUAAAAAUAGCAUUCUACAUGUUAAUGGAAGCACUAUCAAAGAGCAAGUCACUAGUUGAUCUUCAAAAAACCAAACUUGCGGGGAAAGCCUUUGGUAACCUCAUCCUCUACCACUACUACUCGGUCUUUACUUGUCGAUCCAUCAACGACGUUUCAUUUAUUUCCCCUCAAGACCACGAGUUUAGUUGUAGCAACACUCCUUUCUACGCCUCUUAUUUCGCCAAGCGCAAAUCUCAUCACCAGCAAAAGAGCUGUGAUGACAUUAACAUUGCUCGAAAAGUUUUUGAAUUGUUCAAAGAUCAUGAAAAGCCCGAGGGUUCUCCUUUCAUUGCAUUGCCAGGAUUCGGACAAAGUCCGGUGGUCAGGCAGCUGAGGAUCUCUGAUUCGCCGUUUCCUUUGAAAGUAGAAAAAGAUCCGCAAGGAGACAAGGCAGCCGAAGAUUUUAUAAGAAAAUUUUAUAAAGAGUUGAAGCAGCAAAAACGGUCACUAUCUCCGUAUAGUAUCUGGGCAAGAUAA